AUGGUCGUCCACACACGCGGUUACAAUUUCAGUACCACAGACAGUUCCCUCUCCAGCUCCAGCUUCAGCACCGACGCCACCCUGCGGGACUCCACUGCACCCCAGACCCCCAGCGGGCUGAGCCGGACCAGCCACACGGUGGUGGCAGUAUGCCUCGGUUUCAUUCUAGUGGCAGGCAUCCUCACCAACUUCCUCGCUCUCCUCAUAUUCGCAAAGUUUCGCACCCUCUGGACUCCCAUCAAUCUCAUCCUGUUGAAUAUCAGCCUUAGCGACAUACUCGUGUGCGUUUUCGGGACUCCCUUCAGCUUCGCGGCGAGUUUGCACGGAAGAUGGCUCAUAGGAGAGUACGGCUGCAAGUGGUACGGGUUCGCCAAUUCCCUCUUUGGGAUUGUGUCUCUGGUGUCCUUGUCCAUUCUCUCCUAUGAGCGCUACACCACUGUGCUGCGUUCCUCCCAGGUUGACAUUUCAGACUUCAGGAAGGCCUGGCUGUGUAUUGGAGGCUCCUGGCUUUACUCUCUUCUCUGGACUUUGCCGCCCUUCCUGGGCUGGGGAAGCUAUGGGCCUGAGGGUCCUGGUACGACAUGCUCUGUCCAGUGGCAUCUACGCUCGGCCACCACUGUCUCAUAUGUGUUGUGUCUGUUCAUCUUCUGUCUGCUGCUGCCCCUUCUACUCAUGGUCUACUCUUAUGGCCGAAUCCUGGUUGCAAUUAGGAGGGUGGGUAAAAUCAACGUGAUGGCAGCUCAGCGCAGAGAGCAGCACAUAAUGGUGAUGGUGUUGUCCAUGGUGUCCUGCUACAUGCUGUGCUGGAUGCCCUAUGGCAUCAUGGCUCUGAUGGCCACCUUCGGGAGGUUAGGACUGGUCACUCCCAUGGCUAGUGUGGUGCCCUCCAUCCUGGCGAAGUUCAGCACUGUCAUCAACCCUGUCAUCUACCUGUUCUUCAACAACCAGUUUUAUAGAUGCUUUGUGGCUUUCAUGAAGUGCAAAGGGGAGCCUCAGUCAGUUCAAGGAGAGGAGCACCCGAACCCAAGGACACAGUUAUCUGGUUUCUUCCCUGUCCAUAGACAAGGGUCCCUCAGCUCUUUACAGCCUCAGAUCGUUAGCAGGUCCAGAAACACUGUUCUCUGCAGCCGGCACAAUGACCGCCACACCCUGGUUGUUCACUACACUCCUUAA